CGGUGUUUAAUGCAACAACAUCCACUACAUUAGGAUUCUUUGUAUCACAAGAUUCUUAUUACGGAAACACUUUUAUACCUGUUUUACCCCGCCUUGAUCCUGCGCCACCGAUGAACUAGAACUAUGGCGUGCAUAAAGUUGAAAAAACUGGAGGAGUACUUAAAUGGUUUGGAUAGUUUUGAAAAACCGAAAAUAAAAUUAGAACAGUACAUUACUCCCCCGCAUAUAGCAAGUUGUGUGCUCUACAACAUACAGACAUUAUACGGUGAUAUCGAAGGAAAAUAUGUUGCUGACUUGGGCUGUGGUUCUGGGAUGUUGAGUAUCGGCUCUUUUCUGCUCGGCGCUGGCAUGACCGUAGGUUUUGAAAUCGAUGAUGAUGCCUUAAAUAUAUUUCGCGAAAAUGUAACAGAUAUGGAACUACCGAACUUAGAUUGCGUUUUAUGUGACGUAUUGACAUUGCCUAACAGUAAGAAAUGGGAUAAUGCUUUUGAUACGAUUGUUACCAAUCCACCUUUUGGUACGAAAAAUAACAGUGGUAUCGAUAUGUGUUUUGUUCAGACUGGCAUAACUCUAGCAUCAGGAGCAGUUUAUUCAUUUCACAAAAGCUCAACACGCGACUACAUACAAAAAAAGGUUAAGGACUGGCAUGUCAAGGGCAAUGUGGUGGCGGAGCUCAAAUAUAAUAUUGACACCAGCUAUUCAUUUCACAAAAGCAAGAGCGUUGAUAUCAAUGUAGACUUCUGGAGAUUUGAUGUGUCUGAGAAAAAUGUCUAGUACGACUACUGCAUACGUCACCUUAAAAGUUUACAAUAUUCUUAGUUUUUUAUUUCAAAUACUAGAAAAUGUUUAUACAUAAUAUGCAUGUUUAUAUGUUUAGUUCAAACUAUAACACUUUCCGAACACUCGCUAUUCCUCCAUAACAACUUACAGCAUUUUUCUAAAGCAUUUAUAAAAAUGUAAAAAAUAUUUUACCAUUAAAUGUAAAAUAUGUAGUGAUAUUGAUAAUAACAAUUUUUAUAUUGUUUUUAUACUAAGAAUAGUGAUUUGUAAGGACGUUGUUAUUGUUUUAUAAGCAUAAGCCAUUAUACAGGUACAAGCUAGUAUAUAUGAUAACCAAAAUAUGCACAUAAAUGUAUGUAAAUAAGCUUUCAUUUAACGCGAAACUUUCAAUACAUUUUAUUAUUUGCAAAUAUUAUGUUCAUAAAUACAUAUGCUUACACAUGCAAACAGUUUCAUUUAAAAUUUUGGAUCAAACAAUAAAAAUUUUCUAUCAAUAUUCAAAACAACCUAUCGACUCAACGAAAACAAAUCCAUGUAUUCCCUUAUAGGAAUUUUUUGUCUGGCGAAAAUAAUUAAUUAUUCUUAAUGUAAUUUUUAAUUUGAAAUUUGUAUUUAUAAGUCAUACUAAGCUAAACCCCUGAGUUUGUUGAAUGGCCUGAAGUAACUUAUAUUUCAAACGUUCUUUUGUAUUAUAGCGAGGCAAAUCUAAUAAAUUGAAACACGUAUGAGCUACAGGAAGAAA